CGUUGUUUAGUCACCAACAUAUGACGACUGAAUCCAUGUAACUGGAGUGACCUGCGCGGUCCCAAGCCAAACUUAAUCGUUUGGUAAGAUAUGGAAUGGACUGUUCGAGGCGCGAAUGUAUCUCCGGUUCUAUCUGCAGCAACUUCGUGAUGACAUGGUAUCCGGGACCAUCAUCCUCGUGGAUCUUUUGACACAUUUUUUAAUUCUGUCAAAUGUUCUGAGGGCAAAGGAAUCCGACCCGGUAGAAGAUAACUGAACAUAAUAAACUGGCAACAGCGUAUUUAAAGCAGAUCUAUUCUGCUCACCAAAAAGGACAAAGAUGGCUCACUUACAGUGGAGAAACAAUGGAGAAUAUUUUCCCUCCAAAUUCGUGGACAUGGUCCUUGGGAAUUGUAUUCAUGACAGGAAUACCAACCAGGAAAGUACAGUGUAGUGAACUGACUACCAAAACGAAUGCAAUGCUGCUCCUGAGACACUGUCAAGGUGUAACCAGAGUAGGCCUUCUCAAGACUCAAAGGUUGUUGAACAGUGUGGCCACGCCUUCCGUCACAGGAUGUGUGGGUAGCCUCUGUGCCCGUUGGGGCAGCAGUCAUGGCGGGCAGGAGUCAGGGUCGUACAAGCGCAGCCAUGUCCCCAACUGGAGACAUGCCUUGGCAGGGCUGCUGGCUGGUACAGGGGCUGUAUUGGCCUAUGGUCUCCACAGCCAGGCUGAGCGGGCAGCCACCACUAUGGUACAGCCCAUAGACCCACCCACCUCCAUGCCCAUCUUCACCCAGGAUGACGUCACCAAACAUCGCUCCAUAGAGGAGGGGGUCUGGGUCACCUACAAGGGCAGCGUCUAUGACAUCACAGAGUUUGUGUCCAUGCACCCUGGUGGUGAUAAGAUCCUGCUAGCAGCGGGCGGGGCUCUGGAGCCCUUCUGGGCAUUAUACGCCGUUCAUAGCCAAGAGCAUGUUCUGGAGAUCCUAUCUGAGUAUAAGGUGGGUGAGCUGAGUGCCGAGGACCGGCGGAAGCAGCAGACGGUGAAAUCCUCAGACCCCUACUCUACCGACCCGGUGCGCCACCCUGCCCUACACGUCAACAGCCUCAAGCCCUUCAACGCUGAACCCCCAGCUGAGAUCCUCUCUGACAACUACAUCACACCCUCCGCCAUCUUCUUUAAGCGGAACCACCUGCCGGUACCUCAAGUGGACCCAAAAGCCUACCAGCUGCAUGUGGAGGGUCUGCCUGGGGCAGAGCCUCUGGUCCUCUCUCUGGAGGAGCUAAAGACACGCUUCCCCAAACACACAGUCACAGCUACACUGCAGUGUGCUGGCAACCGACGUUCGGAAAUGAACAAAGUCAAGCCAGUGAAGGGCCUCAACUGGGGCAUCGCUGCAAUCAGUAAUGCUACUUGGAGCGGCGCCAAGCUAAAGGAUGUUCUGCUGGCGGCUGGCUACAGGCCGGAGCUGGCCCAGCAGGCCUGCCACGUUCAGUUUGAAGGCCUGGACCGGGAUGCUACCGGCACCACCUACGGGGCAUCUAUCCCACUGCACAAGGCGGUCAGCGACGAGGGUGAUGUGCUGCUGGCCUAUGAGAUGAACGGUGAAGACUUGCCAGCUGACCACGGCUACCCCGUACGGGUGGUGGUGCCAGGAACAGUGGGCGCCCGCAACGUCAAGUGGCUGGGAAAGAUCAUAGUGAGCGAGGAGGAGAGCAGUAGCCACUGGCAGCAGAACGACUACAAGGGCUUCUCCCCGGCCACCGACUGGGACACAGUGGACUUCAAGUCGGCCCCAGCCAUCCAAGAGCUGCCCAUCCAGUCAGCAAUCACCCAGCCAGCGGAGGGAGCCACAUUAGACCGCAGAGCAGAGGAGGUGACCGUGAAGGGUUAUGCCUGGAGCGGGGGUGGUCGGGAGGUGGUGCGUGUUGACGUGUCUCUGGAUGGGGGGCAGACUUGGAAGGUGGCGCAGUUACAGGGCGGCGAGAAGCCCCAACCCGGCCGAGCCUGGGCCUGGAAGCUGUGGGAGUUGACAGCCCCGCUUCCCCCUGCCACACAGGAGCUGGAGAUUGUAUGCAAGGCAGUGGACAACAGCUACAACAUGCAGCCAGACACCGUUGCACCCAUCUGGAACCUAAGGGGAGUUCUCAGUAACGCCUGGCACAGGGUGAAGGUCACAAUCAGAGAAGAUGAGGAAGAGUAGAGACUCAUGUACUCUGAAUGGUUAUGAUCAGGGCUUAGAGCGGGAAAUGGCUGACAGUGUUUUAAACCUACCGAUCUCCAGACUGAUGACGGGUGACUUGCUGAAGAUCACUGACAAAACUGGCCAGACCAAAUGCUCUGUGUGGUGCCCGGAAAUUCUGUUUUUGUGGGGAUGAAAAAUGUAAAUGUGCAUUUAUCUGUGCCCAACCAUGUUGAGCACUUAAAGAACAUAAAUACAAUAUGACUGGUUAGGCUGGAAAAAAUCUCACAUGCAACACAAAACAUUAGGAGCAAUUCUGUUGUGUCAACAGUUGUUCAAGGACACUGGCAUUAACACUAUGCCAGUGCAAUCCUUUUCAUAUUCUGACAUCUAGUUGAAAAAAGUCUCAUUCUUUAAUUUGCAUCGUCUUAAUCCAUAUUGAUUUAAUCGCAAUAUAUGAAUUUGAUAUUGUAUCGCUAAUCAUUAUGUAGGACCAAAGGACACUUGGAUCAAGUCAGUUUAAAAUAGGAUUGUGAUGUAUUUAAACAACCAUAAUUUCAAAUCAAAAGCUUUAAGGUAAUACGUUGUUUUGAAGUAAGAAUUUUCUGAAUUUGCACACAAUGUAUGCAUUUUUAAGUGUAUUUUGUUCCAAUGUCAAGUGUAAUAAAAAUACAUUCUCCAA